UAGGUAGUCUGAGGAUGGAGCAGGAACUCAGCAGGACCCCGGCCAGGGACCUGGACAAGUUCAUAGAGGAUCACCUCCUUCCCAACACCAACUUCCGAACUGAUGUCAGAGCAGCCAUCAACACAAUAUGUGAUUUCCUGAAGGAGAGAUGCUUCCAAGGUGCCGCCCACCCUGUGAGGGUCUCCAAGGUGGUGAAGGGCGGCUCCUCCGGCAAAGGCACAGCCCUCCGGGGCAGGUCGGAUGCCGACCUGGUGGUGUUCCUUAACAAUCUCCACAGUUUUGAGGAUCAGUUACAGAGACGGGGAGAGUUCAUCCAGGAAAUUAAGAAACAGCUGUACAACUUUCAGAGAGAGAGAGACAUAUGGGUGAAGUUUGAGGUUCAGAGUUCAUGGUGGUCCAACCCCCGGGCACUCAGCUUCAAACUGAGCUCUCCUCAACUCCGGCAGGAGGUAGAGUUUGAUGUGCUGCCGGCCUAUGAUGUCCUGGGUCAACUCAACUACAGCAAGCCUGACCCCCAAAACUAUGCUGACCUCAUCAGGGAAUGCACGUUUCUGGGGAAAGAAGGAGAGUUCUCUGCCUGCUUCACUGAGCUCCAGAGAAACUUCCUGAGGAACCGUCCAACCAAGCUGAAGAGUCUCAUCCGCCUGGUCAAGUACUGGUACCAACUGUGUAAGGAGAAGCUGGGGAAGUCACUGCCCCCACAGUAUGCCCUGGAGCUGCUCACAGUCUACGCCUGGGAACGCGGGAGCGGAUUCCCAGAGUUCAACACAGCCGAGGGCUUCCGGGCAGUCUUGGAACUGGUCACCAAGUACAGGCAGCUUCGAGUCUACUGGACAACGUAUUAUGACUUUGGAGACCAGAGGGUCUCCAGCUACCUGCACAAACAGCUUAGAAAAGACAGGCCUGUGAUCCUGGACCCGGCUGACCCAACAGGGAACGUGGCUGGUGGGAGACCAGAUGGCUGGGGGCGGUUAGCAGGAGAGGCUGUGGCCUGGCUUCGGUACCCAUGCUUUAAAUCCUGGGAUGGUUUCCCAGUGCGCUCCUGGGAUGUGCCGGUGGAGGUUGAUUUUCCAUAUCUGGAGGUGGAUGAGAACUGGACUUGUGUCCUCCUGUGAGCACAGCAGCACCUGCCCAGGAGGCUCCGGAGUCAGGGGAUGUGCUCCUCUGAGCAGGCCUUGACCAGAAAGGGCAGGAUGCUGCCCACAGGCCCCAGUGACAGUGUCCAACCUGGGGUCAGAUCCAGGCUCCUGAGCCCUGCCUGCCCACACCUCCAUCCUGCAUCACAGACAGCCUUCCUCACAGCCUGCUUCAUCUUCCUCAUCCUCUGACUGUGCUCUCUGGGGGACAAGAGAUUCAGAAGGGAGGGGAGAACUCAAGCUUGACUUCUGUCUGUUGGACAGUUCUGUUGGAGGGUUCUGUCCAAUUUCUGAUCAAUAAACCAUAGUAGAUGCUA